GAACCCCUUGAUCACACCUUUGACACAGACUCUUGUGCCUACUUUAACAUCAAAGGCUGUCACCUAACAGUGGAUAAAAACCUGUACAGAACGGCGCACGGUGUCAUAUUCCACCAUAGAGACAUCCAUGGAGACCUGAAGAACAUGCCCCAAGAGCAACGUCCAUGGUUCCAGAAAUGGGUGUGGUGGAAUGCAGAAUCACCGGCUAACACAAACAGGAUCCCUGGUGUUGACCACUUGUUCAAUUUGACUGCCAGUUAUCGACUGGAUUCUGAUAUCAAGGUUCCAUAUGGGUCGCUCGUCGAGGUAACCAGUGAGGAUAAAAUCUUUGAGCUGCCCAAGAAGGACAAAUUAGUCUGCUGGGUAGUGAGCAACUGGAACCCAAACUACAAGAGGGUACAGGUGUUCAACGAGCUCAGUAGGCAUGUCAAAGUAGAGGCCUAUGGGAGACAUUUUAGUAGAUACCUAGAAAACAAAGUCUACUCAAAGACGCUGUCCAGCUGUAAAUUCUACCUGGCAUUUGAAAACUCCAUCUACAAAGACUAUGCUACAGAGAUGCUGUUCAACGCUAUGAAGGUGGGAGAAGUGCCCGUUGUUCUAGGUCCAUCCAGGGACAACUUCGAGCAAUUUAUCCCUAGCGACUCUUUCAUCCAUGUGGAUGAUUUCUACUCUACAGGGGAGCUGGCAAAGAAGCUUCUCUUUCUCGACCAGAACAAGGAAGAAUACAUGUGGUACUUCACCUGGUGAAAUAACUUUGAAGUUCAACAAGGGUAUUUUGGA